AUGGCCUAUAGCAUUUCAAAAGAUGCACAAUAACUACUAUGUGAGAUUAUUAAUCAAAUAAGCCUAACUGAGAGGAGAGCAGAACAAAUAAGAAUAUAAUUAUGCAGAAAAACUAGUUUUAAUCCAUACGCUUGUUUCAAAAGGUAAUUCAUAUUGCAAAACCUAGAUUAGAUUCAAUGAAUACAAAUUAGAUUAAGCCUGAAUAAGUAGUACAACUUUUGAAAGAAAAUGAUUUUUUCGUAUAGGAGCUCAAUACAUUGUUUGAUAAAACAUUUUUGAAGGAGUUUCUUAAUUAUCAAGAGUAUGAUUCAUAGAUCCUAAUUUUCAGCUUUCUAAACAUAAUAUUACCAAAAACUGAUGGCGAAUUGAGAGAGAUCACAGCUAUGAAACAACCAACUAAAGCAGCAUUAGAAAAAUCGAUCGAUUACACAUUAGCUUAAUUAUUCAAUUUGUAAUUGAAGCAUUAAUCUUAGAGAAUAUAAUGAAGCCAUAAACCUAGAGAGAUUGAAAAGCAGACUCAGUAAUUACUACAACGCGGAUUAAAUGUUUUAAAGUAUGGAUUCACUAAAUAACAAUAUCCUUAAUUUUAAGGAUUUUGAUCGAUUUUUUAGAAGAAAUGGAUUAUUGUUAUACGAGGAAGAAUUAGUAAAUUCCAAUAAUUUAUUCAUAGAUUGCAUUUUUUUAUCGAAUAGAUAAAUAAAGAACAGGAUAGAUUACUUUGAAUGACUUCCGUAGAAUGUUGGAACCUCUUCAAAAAGUAGAAUAGCAGCCUAAUUCCAAUAAUCCUGUAUCAACUCCGAAAUAGACCAUUAUCUCUUAACCUAAGAGUUCGAACAUCUUUAUUGAUGAAUUAGGUAGUAGCAAUAAAGCUGGUCAAAUUGUUUAAUCCAGAAACCUUUCAGCUAGUAACAAAAAGAAAUUUUAGUCUAAUAGAAGGGCUUCAUCAAUUACAGAGAGUCUUUAAACAACAAAAUUAACGGAGAAUUUCUUAAAUGAUGAAUAGAGAUUUAUUGAUUUAGGGUUGGAAGUCUUGAAAUUGGAAAUGUAUUUAGAAGAAAUAAAAUUGAAGUUAUAGCAAUAAAAAGACUUCAAUUCUAUGGAUUUCUUUCAUUUUAUGGAUUUAAAAAAUAAAGGCAAAGUGAAUCAACAUGAAUUUGCUUAUUUUUUGGAAUAAUUAUUACUCAAAAACUUAGAUGUGAUUGAGUUAUUUAACUUCUUAGAUAAAGAUUAAGAUGGAUUUAUUAGAUAUUCAGAUAUCUCUGAAUUUAUAUCUCCUUCUAAUAUGAGUUCAACCUACAUUUGUAAGAAACCAGCUAAAAAUAGUCUUCUCUCUUAUUCGCUCUCAUAAUUAUUCUCAAAAACAACAAUUGGAUUCAUUCAGUUGUUGUUUAAUUAAUGGAAUGAAAAUGAAAUAAUAAUUAGGCUAAAAAAAAAAUAAUUCUUGAAUGAGUAAAAUCUUUUAUCAAUAUUUAACAAACUUGAUCCUUUCAAAAAGGGCACCUUCAAUCGAUAAGAUGUAAAAUUUAGUGUAAAUUUAGCUUCAACGUUUUUUUGAACUUUAUAAUGUUAAAGACGAUAUUAAAUUGUUGUAUAAACGAUUGGGAAAACUUAAUAAGGAGAUUAAUUAUAAGGAAUUUGAAUUAUUUUUUAUUAACUGA